AUGUCAUCAUCAUCAUCUUCAACUGCUAUCAAAGCACCGAUUGCAGAAAACCAAGAGUUCUUAGAAGUCAAAAGUGUCUCAUUGGAAUGGAAGCUUUCAAAUUUAAAACACAUCUUCGAUACCUCGAAAGGUGAAACGAAAUCAAAAUGUGUCAAAUCCGUUUUCUUUGGUGAUGGGAAAUGGCAGGUGUUCUUUUACCCAAAUUCUGGACAUGAUCAGUAUUGUUCGCUUUAUUUAUCUUGUCAACCUACUCAUGAAGAAAUCGAAAAAGGUACUACUCAAAAUCCUUCACCCAUUACCUCUAUCAAUCAUGUACAGCAAAAAGUUCUUGAUCCUGCACAGGUACCAUGGCAUCGUGAAGGUUUAUUCAAAUUCACCUUCGAAAUCAAAAGCUUAGACCGACGCACGACUUACAAGACCAUGGAAGCCAAUGAUCAUGCCUUCAGUCACGAGGCAAGAAACUGGGGAUGGGCUCAGUACUGGAGAAGAAAUGAUGCUUAUUACUCUAAUCCUUCGGCUAAAUAUAACGAUGCUUUCUUGGUCUGUUGCACCAUCGUUUACUCUCCGAGUCCACCGGCCCAAGUUCCGACAGCGCAGGCGCAAAAACGAUCGAUCCCAGUAGACUUACACCUAGCCUAUUCAUCACUUUUCAAUGAUCCAAUUUAUUCUGAUGUUUGCUUUCAUAUCAUUCGACCUUCAAAACCAAAAGAACAAUCAGUCCGAAAACUUUAUGCAGCCAAAAAGAUAUUAAUAAGAAGAUCUGAAUACUUUUCUACUAUGUUCGAAUCAGGCUUCGCCGAAUCUUCUAAUAAAUUAUCUAAUGAUCUUGAAAGAUCUAUAGAUGAAAAGGACCGAGAAACAGAGCAAGAUGAAUUAAUGGAAGAAGAUUCGGAUGAUGAAACAUCUGGUUCGGAUGAAGAUAUAGAGGAAGAUGAGGAUAUCAACACUUCAUCCGUGGCGUUUGAUGAAGAUGAUGUUGAAGAAGACGAUCCAUCCUCUGUCACCCUCGAUUCGAACGACACCCAGUCUGUGGUAGUUCCACCUGUAGACCCACCCGCAGAUGAAGCUGGCGCGACCAAAAGCGCUCUUACGUCUUCAUCUUUGACAAAGGUCAAAAAGGCUGUUGAAAACCGACAUCCUCCACGUACAGUGAUAGAAGUCACAGAUGCAGCUUUUACAACCUUCAAAGCUCUCCUAUUCUUUCUCUACACCGACUCGAUCACUUUUGCUCCUUUGACAUCCACAUAUCACAGUUUGAGAGACGCAGCGGAAGCCAAUGGACAAGUCUUUGAAUAUCCUUCUCGUAAGGAAUUUGUUAAAGCCUCGGUUGUCUCUAGUAAUAUCAAUGGACUCAUCGGACAACGCGAAGUGAUCUGUAGUGCUAAAGCCAUCUAUCGGUUGGCAGACAAAUUGAAUUUAGUAGAUUUAAAAAGUAGAGCGUAUGAACAUAUCACAAGAUCACUAACAGUCCAAAAUAUCCCAAUGGAAGUGUUUUCAGCUUUUACAACAGCUUAUGAAGAAAUCAAAAAAGUGGAAGUAGAUUAUAUGCUAUCACAUUGGAAUGAAUUAAGAGAUUCAGAUUCAUUAAAGAAAGUUUUAAAAUUAAUGCCAUCUUAUAGUGAGAUUUGGUCAAAUUUAUUAUGUCAUUUAGAAUUCAAUAACAAAAAAUCUUUAAAUGAUAAAAAUAAUGGGUUUGGGAAUGGGAAUGGUGGAAUUGGUGGUAGUAAUGAAGGUUGUGGAAUUGCUGUGGCUGAUGUUGAAGGUAGUGGGAGUGGUGGAAAUAGAUCAAUUGAUGCUGCUUAAAAGAGUUGAGAUAAAAUUGUUUCUUUCUUUCAUUUUCUUUCUCCGGACUUGUGAAUCUUCUUGUUGAACUUGUUUUUGUAUCAGUAUUCAAAAAACUCUAUACUUCCUUUUUGUGUGUGUGUAUGUUUGUAAAAAGAUCGUGUAUUCCUUUGAAGCCUAUUCAACCAAUAGUAUCCUUUAUUUGUGUGUGUAUGUGUUGUGUAUAGGUAAAUCGUUUUCCUUUUGUGUUCUAUUGUGGAUAAUCCAUUUUGUUAGUUCUU